UAGCGUGGCCGCAGCCUGAACCCCCGCCGAAGCCCCCGAGACCCCCGACAUGCCCGGGAGUUUUGCGCCUGGCUUUCCUCCCGCCCAGACGCCCAGUCGCAAACGUCACGAUAAUGACCUCAGGCCCCCCCCGCCUGGGCAAUUCCCUCUAACUAGUUGUCUUGGAAGUUCGAUACCUUUACCAUUCAUUCACCGGGUAUCCACUUGCAGCGUCAUUGUCCCCUUUUCCUAUUUUGGUCCCUACCCUGUCUACCUAUCACUCAGGCUACUUAAGGAACGUGUGAUCCUUUGAUUUUCUUUCAAGUCUAUACUGUUUUGUUGUUCCCUUUCCUCAACAACCGCCCUUGUCACCAAAACCCCCCACUUCCACUCCCUUCACACUUCAUCCCGCCUUACUUGGGAACUUUUGAUUCCACCCUCCAAUUCAAAGUCAGAACUCCGCCAUCAUGCCUAAAGUGAA